AUGGGUUUCCUGAAGCAAACACCAACUUUUUGGGUUCUGUUUUUGUCAUUCCAGCAACUCCACACCCUGGAGAAGGACUUGGUGUCUGCCUGUGACCUGCUGGGAGUGGGAGCAGAGUAUGCCAGGGUGGUGGGAUCCGAGUACACCAGAGCGUUGUUCCUGCUCAGCAAGGGGAUGCUGCUCCUGAUGGAGCGGAAGCUGCAGGAGGUUCACCCUCUGCUGACCCUGUGCGGGCAGAUCGUGGAGAACUGGCAGGGGAACCCCAUCCAGAAGGAAUCCCUGCGUGUCUUCUUCCUGGUCCUGCAGGUCACACACUACCUGGAUGCUGGGCAGGUGAAGAGUGUGAAGCCCUGCCUGAAGCAGCUCCAGCAGUGCAUCCAAACCAUCUCCACGCUCCACGACGACGAGAUCCUGCCCAGCAACCCCGCUGACCUCUUCCACUGGCUGCCCAAGGAGCACAUGUGUGUGCUGGUCUACCUGGUGACAGUGAUGCAUUCCAUGCAGGCAGGGUACCUGGAGAAGGCCCAGAAGUACACAGACAAAGCCCUCAUGCAGCUGGAGAAGCUAAAAAUGCUGGACUGCAGCCCCAUCCUGUCCUCAUUCCAAGUGAUUUUGUUGGAACACAUCAUCAUGUGCCGGCUGGUGACGGGACACAAAGCCACAGCCCUGCAGGAGAUCUCCCAGGUGUGCCAGCUGUGCCAGCAGUCCCCCAGGCUCUUCUCCAACCACGCUGCCCAGCUCCACACGCUCCUGGGCCUCUACUGCAUCUCUGUUAACUGCAUGGACAAUGCAGAAGCACAAUUCACUACAGCACUGAGGCUCACGACACAUCAGGAGCUCUGGGCAUUUAUUGUCACCAACUUGGCCAGUGUGUACAUCCGGGAGGGCAACAGGCACCAGGAGCUCUACAGCCUCUUGGAAAGGAUAAAUCCAGACCACAAUUUUCCCGUGAGCUCCCACUGUCUCCGAGCUGCAGCUUUUUACAUCCGAGGCCUCUUCUCCUUCUUCCAGGGAAGAUACAACGAGGCAAAGCGGUUCCUGAGGGAGACCCUGAAGAUGUCCAAUGCAGAGGAUCUGAACCGGCUCACAGCCUGUUCCCUGGUGCUGCUGGGGCACAUCUUCUACGUGCUGGGCAACCACAGGGAAAGCAACAACAUGGUGGUCCCGGCCAUGCAGUUGGCCAGCAAGAUCCCAGACAUGUCUGUGCAGCUCUGGUCCUCAGCCCUGCUCAGAGACCUCAACAAGGCCUGUGGGAACGCCAUGGACGCUCACGAGGCGGCUCAGAUGCACCAGAACUUCUCCCAGCAGCUGCUCCAGGACCACAUCGAGGCCUGCAGCCUCCCCGAGCACAACCUGAUCACGUGGACAGAUGGACCUCCCCCCGUGCAGUUCCAGGCCCAGAACGGCCCCACCACCAGCCUGGCCAGCCUCCUGUGAACCACAGUAACUAUUCAGGACAAACCUCCACCAAAACAAAAGCCAAAAAA